AAAGGAGGGAUUCACCAAACGUAGAAAUGAAAUCAACCCCUCUUUGGUCUAUUCCUCGUUUCCAAUUGAAAUCCAAAAAAGUAAGCGUUUGUAUCACAACAAAUAAUCUUUGCUUUUAUACUAAUUCUCUUAACAAUACAGAGAUUUGCAGUUGAAGAAGUCUCUUCUCUCCUUUGAGCUUUGCUUACUGAAUAAACAAAGCCCACACCGAAUUAGGCCACCAGUUUGUUUCUCUUCUCCUAUUCCCUUGGAAUCAAAGCAAAGCUGUUUGAUUCUUGGUCACCAUCUGAACCCAACUUCACCUUCCUGACUUAUUCUUCACACCCUUCUUCUUCUUCUUCCUACUCCUCCUCCUCUCUAUUUACACUUCCCUCCUAUGGAUUCAGCUACAACCAUUCGAGCUUGGGACUUGAGGUCCAUGGUUUUGUGAGCUUUACUGCUGAAAAUUGAGGUUUUGGAAGUGCUUGAGUGGUGGGGUUUUGGAGGUUUUGGCAGUAAGUGAUGAAAUGGUGUGAGCCCAGUUGAGUUUCUUGAAGCUUUGAUAGGAUUCAGCUAUGGGGUUUGGACUACUCAGAUCUGUGAAAGUUGCUCACAGCUCAGAAUUGGGGGCUGUACCCUGCUGCAGAUGAGCCUGAAUUCAAGCUUUUUUACUUCAGAAAAGUACCUUUCUGAGAUCUUCUACUCACUUCUGCCUUGCUGGUACUUUCAAAUCUUUCAUUUCCCCUUGUAAGGCUUUUAACCAAAGCCAGAUCCCAGUGAACUCAUGCUGAUUCUGUCGUUGGUUAUAGACAAUUGAAACCAGCAUAAAGUCAUGUCAUUCCUUGAUAACACAAUCUUUUGUAUACUCCUCUUCACAAUAGGCGAAGGCCGGAAUCGUUUGGGUCAUUCGAAAUUUGACCAUUUGUGCCACUUGAAGCUCAUAGGCUUGUAGUUUAAUAUAAUCCUGCUUUGUCAUACUGCUUCCCAAUGAACACCCGGUACUUUUUUCCACCGGAUUCACUCUGCAAUUCAGGAAUCUCGGUAUCAUUUUCAUCCCUAUCUCCAGCAGGAGAGGACAGAAUGGCAGCUGGUGUGAGGAACAGAUCUUCUCGGGCUCCCCCUUCAUCGUUCCUGAUAAGAACAGCUAUGAGGAUAUCAAGGGCAAGGUGGUUUAGCUUCCUGAGAAGAGUGUUCCACUACCAGAAUGGAUCAAGAUCUGAUCUGGGCGCCAAUCCUUUCAAUUCCAGCACUUGGAUGAUACUGGAGUUUAUAGCUUUGGUUGUUCAAAUAGGCGUUAUAACCUUCACUCUCUCGGUUUCCAAGGCUGAGAGGCCCGUCUGGCCUAUGAGAAUUUGGAUAGUUGGAUACGAUUUCGGGUGUGUCCUAAGCUUGCUACUGCUCUACUGGCGUUACCAGCGCCAUUAUUCAGCUCAAGGAGAUGGUUUUAGCCUCCCUGACAUUGAACAGCAGAGAAACAACGAAGAAUCCAGGAGCUCCCAUUUGAUGAACAAGUGCCGGACUUCUCUUGAGCUUUUCUUUGCUAUAUGGUUCGUGAUGGGCAAUGUUUGGGUGUUCGACUCUCGCUUUGGAUCGUUCCAUCGAGCACCAAAGCUUCAUGUCCUCUGCAUUACUCUGCUUGCCUGGAAUGCUAUUAGCUACUCUUUCCCAUUCCUAUUGUUUGUGCUGCUGUGUUGCUGCGUCCCACUGGUUAGCAACCUCCUCGGAUACAACAUGAACAUGGGGUCAGUGGAUAAAGGGGCGUCUGAUGACCAAAUUUCCAGGCUACCCAGCUGGAGAUUCAAAGAAGCCAACGCCAAUUUGGAUCUCCCCAAUGGCGCUGACAGCAAUUCUCCUCUUUCAAGUGAAUACCCUGAGUGCUGCAUUUGCUUAGCCAAAUACCGAGAAAAGGAAGAGGUGAGGCAGUUGCCGUGCUCACACAUGUUUCACUUGAAGUGUGUGGAUCAGUGGCUCAGAAUCAUAUCUUGCUGCCCUCUUUGUAAGCAAGAAAUUGAGAGAUGAUAAGAGGAAAAUACAAGUAUACAGCAAUGGAGGUUGAGGCUCAAAAGUUCAUACUGCUUUUUUUCCCUGAUUUUUCACUAUGGCUUGGUUUUGUAUGUAUUUACAUGGUUACUUGAGUGAGUUCAUUCAUUGUACAGUGGAGCUCACCAGUAACCAAGAUUUUAUGUUGGUAUUUAGCUUGCUGCCUAAAGGCUGGCUCCAAACCUCAAAGGGUAACCGUAUACUUGCACAUGCUUUUUUGAGUAUGAUGAGCAUAUGAAAACACGUGUACUUGUAUUAUACAAAUCAAUAUAUCAAUACUUGUCAUAUA